AUGGCGCCCAAGAAGAAGGGAAACAAGAAGGCCAACGAUGACUGGGAGGCCGAGCUGGGCGAGUCCAUCGCCCCCGUCAACAACGACGCCGCCGAUGCUGCUGCCUCUCCCGCCCAAGACGACGAGGCCGCUUCCGGUGGUGGCGGUCUGAUGGCGAGAAUGCGCAAGGCCAAGGAGAAGCGCAAGAAGAAGGGUCUCGACGACGACUGGGAGGCCGAGCUGGGCGAGGAUGCUCCCGGCGCCGAGAAGCCCGCUGAGGAGCCCGUCCCUGAUCUGUCGGCCAAGGUCGCCGAGGAGGCUAACCUCGACGACGAGUUCGCCCUCCCCGAGAAGAAGGGCAAGGGCGGCAAGGGCAAGCAGCAGCAGCAGCAGCAGCAGCAGAAGGCUGCCCCCGCCGCCGCCGCCAAGAAGGACGAGGAUGCCGAUGAGGAUGGCCCUAGGGUGUUGACCAAGGCCGAGAAGGAGAAGCUCAAGAAGGAGCGCGAGAAGCAGCGCAAGAAGGAGCAGGCUGCUGCUAAGAAGAAGGGUACCACACCCGCCGACGCCGCCAAGGCCGAGCCCGCGAAGGAGGAGAAGAAGAAGGACGAAACCCCCAGCCCCGUCUCGACCCCCGCUCCCGCUCCCGAAGCCGCCGGUGGCAAGAAGAAGAAGCUCCCCGCCCACCUGCUCGCCCUCCAGAAGCAGCAGGAGGAGCUGCGCCGUCGCCAAGAGGAGGAGGCUAGGCUCCUCGCCGAGGAGAAGGCCAGGAUAGAGGAGGAGGAGCGCCUCGCCGCCGAGGCCGAAAAGCGCAAGGAGGAGGAGAGGGCCCGCAAGAAGGAGAAGGAGAAGCAGAGGAUCGAGCAGCUCAAGAAGGAGGGCAAGUUCAUGACCAAGGCCCAGAGGGAGGAGAAGGCCCGCAACGAGAGGAAGCUCCAGCAGAUGUUGGCGGCCGGUAUCAAGGUCAACGCGCUUGAGGGUGAAGAGGCCAAGAAGAAGCCUGUCUACGACGACAAGAAGAAGAGGGCUGCUAACAAGAAGAGAGACGAGGAGAAGGCUCUCGCCGAGGCCGCUGAGCGUGCAAGACUCGCCGCUGAAGCCCUUGCCAAGGAGCAAGAGGAGAAGGCCCGUAUCGACCGCGAGAAGGCUGAGAAGGAGGCUGCUGCCAAGGCUGCUGCCGCUAAGGCCGCCGCUGAGGAUAGCGUCGAUGAGGACUGGGAGGCCGCCGUUGCCUCUGACAAGGAGGAUGUCAAGGACAGCUGGGACGCCGACUCCGACGAGGAGGAGGAGACCAAGAAGGAGGCUGCCAAGCCUGCCACGGCCAACGGCAAGGCUCAGGCCAAGAAGGACGAGUCCGAGUCCGAGUCUGAGGAGGACUCUGAGGAGGAGUCCGAAGAUGAAUCUUCCGAAGACGAGGAGGCUACUGCCAGGCAACAGGAGGAGGCCAGGAGGAGAAAGGAGGCUGCUGAGCGUCGCGAGAAGGCUCACCAGGCCGCUCUGGCUGCCAGGUCUGCGGACAACCUUCGCUCGCCCAUUUGCUGUAUUCUUGGUCACGUCGAUACUGGUAAGACGAAGCUGCUCGACAAGAUUCGUCAGACCAAUGUCCAGGAAGGUGAAGCCGGUGGUAUCACUCAGCAGAUUGGUGCCACUUACUUCCCCGUUGAGGCCAUCAAGCAGAAGACCCAGGUCGUCAACCGCGACGGCAAGUUCGAGUUCAAGGUUCCCGGUCUCCUUAUCAUCGAUACCCCCGGUCACGAGUCUUUCUCCAACUUGCGUUCGCGUGGUUCCUCGCUCUGCAACAUCGCCAUCUUGGUUGUCGAUAUCAUGCACGGUCUCGAGCCUCAGACUCUCGAGUCCAUGAGACUUCUCCGUGAGAGGAAGACGCCCUUCAUCGUCGCGCUCAACAAGAUCGAUCGUCUUUACGGCUGGAAGAAGAUCGAGAACAACGGCUUCCAGGAGUCGUUGGCCCUCCAGAACAAGGCUGUCCAGAACGAGUUCAAGAACCGUCUCGAGCAGACCAAGCUCGCUUUCGCCGAGCAGGGUUUCAACUCGGAGCUUUUCUACCAGAACAAGUCCAUGGCCAAAUACGUCUCCUUGGUCCCCACCUCUGCCCACACCGGUGAGGGUAUCCCCGACAUGUUGAAGCUCAUCAUCCAACUCACCCAGGAGCGCAUGGUUGGUUCUCUCAUGUACCUCUCCGAGGUUCAGGCUACUGUCCUCGAAGUCAAGGCCAUCGAGGGUUUCGGUAUGACCAUCGAUGUCAUUCUCACCAACGGUAUCCUCAGGGAAGGCGACCGCAUUAUACUGUGCGGCACAGAAGGCGUCAUCAAAACAAAUAUCAGAGCCCUGCUCACGCCCGCGCCGCUCAGGGAACUGCGUCUCAAGUCGCAGUACGUUCACAACAAGGAGGUCAAGGCCGCUUUGGGUGUCAAGAUCUCUGCCCCCGGCCUCGAGGGUGCCAUUGCCGGUUCCCGUCUCCUUGUCGUCGGCCCCGACGACGACGAGGACGAUCUCGAGGACGAGGUCGAGGCCGAUCUUGCCUCGCUCUUCAGCCGUGUCGAGAAGUCCGGCCGCGGUGUCUCCGUCCAGGCCUCGACUCUUGGUUCGCUCGAGGCCUUGCUCGACUUCCUCAAGGACUGCAAGAUUCCCGUCGCCAACGUCGGUAUCGGCCCCGUCUACAAGCGCGACGUUAUGCAGUGCGGUAUCAUGUUGGAGAAGGCGCCCGAUUAUGCGGUCAUGCUUUGCUUCGACGUCAAGGUCGACAAGGAAGCGCAGGAGUAUGCCGAUCAGCAGGGCGUCAAGAUCUUCACUGCCGACAUUAUCUACCACUUGUUCGACUCGUUCACCAAGCACAUGGAUGAGCUGCUCGAGAAGAAGAAGGAGGAGUCCAAGCUCCUCGCUGUCUUCCCUUGCGUGCUCGCCCCCGUUGCCGUCUUCAACAAGUCUGGUCCCAUCGUUAUCGGUGUCGAUGUCGUCGAGGGUCAGCUGAAGAUUAACACGCCCAUUUCCGCCGUGAGGCAGAACCCUGUUACCGGUGCUAAGGAGGUCGUCGAUCUCGGUAGAGUCACCUCCAUCGAGCGCGACCACAAGCAGAUCCCCGUCUGUAAGAAGGGCCAGCCCUCGGUCGCCAUCAAGAUCGAAAUGGGCGGCAACCAGCCCACGUACGGCCGCCACCUCGAGGAGAAGGACAUGCUCUACUCCAAGAUCUCGCGUGCCUCGAUCAACUGCCUCAAGGAGUUCUACCGCAAGGACGUGACCAACGACGAGUGGCAGUUGAUUAUCAAGUUGAAGCCCAUGUUUGAUAUUGCUUAA